AUGACGAAAAUAACAGAUGCAGCAACGAGACAGGCAGUUCAAAGUGCCUAUGACGCCGUUAGAGCAACUGUUGUGAAAAGUCAAGAAAAAGAGUUACAACAGACCAAAACAGACCUAGUAAAUGCUUUCUUAAAAACGAAAAGUCAGGUAGGACAUUACGCUGCAGAUGGAACAUAUGUGCCAGCUGGUGGAACUUAUAUACCAGCUGGUGGAACUUAUAUACUAGCUAGUGGAACUUAUAUACCACCAAACCCUCCAAGAGAAGCACCUGCACCAGGACUACCUAAAACAUUUACAUCGUCACAUGGACACAGACACAGGCAUGCACCAAAACCAACACAACAACCAACAGUUCAAAACCCUGCACAACAACCACCUCCACAACCAGCACAACAACCACCUCCACAACCAGCACAACAACCACCUCCACAACCAGCACAACAACCACCUCCACAACCAGCACAACAACCACCUCCACAACCAGCACAACAACCACCUCCACAACCAGCACAACAACCACCUCCACAACCAGAGCAAGGACAUAAAAGAAGUAGAGAACAAGGAAACCAAGAAUUCUUAAAAAUGCUUAAAGAAGACUAUGGUUACCCAGAUACUAUUGACUUUAGUGACAGAUAUAAAGAAGCUAUUAGAAAGUUCAAGGAUGGAAAUGCUGACCCGAACCUAUUUAGCUUUAUGGCUCAGCACCAAAUCGGAU